AGAAGACAUAGACACCCCUGAUGUUGCCCCCACUUGCGAUCUCCUCUCAUGAGACUGCUGCAGACUAUCACUUUGUAAGCUACUGCCAAACUUUUUCUUUCAUCUUCCCACUAUAAAACAAUUUUUCAAAAUUUUUUUUUGACUAAUUCAUUAAGUAUCCUAGGGUUUCCACUCCUACUCUGUUGAAAAACAAGAGUCUGAAAACAAGAAAUAAAAAUGGGAUCUUUUUCAAUGGUAGAUGGGUUCUAUCAAUCUCAGGUAGGUUACCUACAAUCUUAAUUUCUCCCUAAUUUCUCUGAAGUAACACUUGUUAUGAUCUACUUCUUAGGCUCAAAAUCACAUCUUACUUGGUGAUUUUUGAUAAGAAAAUUAUGAGAUUUUGAGCUAACCCAUUUUCUCAAUUCUCUAUGUUUGGAAAAUAUAGAGUUUCAGCUUUAGUGGGUUAUGUUUGAUUUUCAGGAAUUGUAAAGUUUUUUAAAAAAAUGUUCUUUUGAGUUCUAGCAAGUCCUAAAGAAAUGUCUUGGUUUGAAUCUGAAAUCCAAACAAAAUACCACUUAUUAUCAAACCCACCUCUAAUAUCUCCUCCUCUUUCAACUACUCCAUCAUUCUCAUCAACUUAUAAUGCUAAUUAUCAAAAAGAUUCAACUCCAUCACCACCGUCAUCAUCAAAUGGGAGUAAAAUUAGUCCAGCUGUUUUAUUCAUCAUUGUAAUCUUAGCAGUGAUCUUUUUUAUAUCCGGUUUACUUCAUCUUCUUGUUAGAUUCCUAAUUAAACAGCCGUCAUCAUCAUCAAACUCACAAUCUAGUAGAUACCCAGAGAUGUCAGGUACUGAUGCAUUACAAAGACAACUUCAACAGCUAUUUCAUCUACAUGAUUCAGGUCUUGAUCAAGCUUUUAUUGAUGCUUUACCAGUUUUUAUGUAUAAGGAGAUAAUGGGUUUGAAAGAACCAUUUGAUUGUCCUGUUUGUUUAUGUGAAUUCUCUGAAGAUGAUAAACUUAGAUUACUACCUAUGUGUAGUCAUGCUUUUCACAUAAACUGUAUAGAUACAUGGCUUCUCUCAAACUCAACUUGUCCACUUUGUAGAGGAACCCUUUUCCAGAACGGGUUUUCAAUGGAAAAUCCUGUUUAUGAUUUUGAUGAUCCUAGGGAAGAAGAUUGUGUACAGGGUGAUUGUGAAACCGGGUUUGUUUCUAGUAAGAAACCAAUUGAGAUUGAAGAAGCUACAGGUGAGAAAAGGGUUUAUCCUGUUAGACUUGGUAAGUUCAGAAAUGUUAACAACAAUGAAGCAGUAGUAGGGGGUGGAGGAGUGACAGGAGGAGGUGGUGGUGCUUUAGAGAGAGACGCAAUAGCAGAAACAAGUAGUAGUAAUUUGGAUGCAAGAAGAUGUUUUUCAAUGGGUUCUUUUCAAUAUGUGGUUGCUGAUUCAACUUUGCAAGUAGCUUUGUCCAAUGAUAAAGAUCACGAAAGUAGUCGUUUGACGCUUUUGAAAGGAAGACUAGGAGCACAGAAUCAGAAUGCCCAUACUUCCAUAGAUGUGGAUUUGUCAGAAGGGAAGAAGUUGAGUAGUGCCAGCAAGGGUGAGAGUUUUUCUGUUUCAAAGAUUUGGCUUUGGUCUAAGAAGGGCAAAUAUCCUCCUAGUUCCACUGAUUCUCUCAAUCUUGGUCUUCCCUGGACCGAAAGAACUCGGCAAGAUUUAAGAAGUCAGGGCUUAAGAAGUCAUCAAGAUUUGGGAACUCUAGACUUAAGAAAUCAAGACUUGAGAAGUCAGGGCUCAUGAAAGGUACUUACUUAACUUGUCUUAUAUUUUCUUGAUUAAUCUUUGGGACAAUCAAUCUGUCUAUCAAUGAAAGAACUAGUUAAUGUUUUCUUUUUGUUCAAAUUUUUGGAGGGUGCAAGCUAGUCUUAAUUUCAUUUCUUGUUCAUUUCCAUACUUUUCUUCUGUCAAUGCACUUUAAUUUUUGAGUGGCUGAA